AUGCAUCUCAACUUUUGCUAUCGGCUUAUAUUUUUGUCAAUUUUUUUCAAUGCUGUUGCAGUCAUUGCUUUUAGUCGCCGGUUCGAAAUCAGGUGGACAAAAGGGUUUAGUUUCGCACCUCACAAACGGGACAUAACUGAGAGCCCAGAAGCAGGGCCCCAAAACAUUGUCAUACCAUUUGAACUUCAGGCCCGAGCAGACCUAGCUUCAAGCACUUGCAAGUGCUUAGGGCCCCCGGAGACGGUAUCAUACGCUAUCACAAAGCUUCUGCCUUACAUGGCCGCCCCAUAUAAAGAAUGUGAUAUCAGAGCUGUCACAUCAAACCUCUGCCCCAUAGAUUAUGUAUGUGCUUGCCGAACAAACAAUGCAAGUAUUUGCAUUCCAACUUCGAUAAGAACAGAAACCGAGUGCCUUCCAACCCUUUCCGAUCGGAUAUUACAGAAACGGGAAGAGCUACCAGAUGUCACCGAGUGGGAGGCCCAAACAAUACCCACCGAUCUGGCAGAGCCGUCUGGUCAGUGUGGAGGAACUAUUCAACCUGAAGCCACAGAAUUUUGGGCGACAUCAAUGACCCGUUGCCCCGUAGGUGAAGCUUGCGCCUGUCAGUCGGCUGACUAUUCUCAAUGUGUGGAUACCAUUGGAACAGCUUAUCGUGGGACCGAAUGUCCAAACUCCUGCGCGACUGUUCGGCAAGAAUUCACGGUCUCACUUCCUCCUCCAUCCGCGACGGCAAAACUUGGAGGUCAGUGUGGCGGGAGGUGUUGGACUGGACCAACAAAUUGUCCGGUUGGCGCUACUUGCUUCACCGAAAAGAGUCCUGAACCCGGUGCUUAUGCGGCUUGCGAGACAGCGAACCCUGGCAAUCAAUUAAAGAUUCGAAACAAUAAAUAUGAAGGACUGAUAGUGCCGGUAAAAGCCCGGGCUAUCGCUACCCGUAUUUACUUUUGA